AUGCCUGCUCCCGCCGCCAUCUAUAUCGUCGGCGCGGUGAGCGUCAUCGCUGCUGUCUUUGCUUUCAAGGAGUUUGUGUAUGAGCCUCAUAUCGCACCGAGGAUCGAGGUUUGGGCGGAAUCGUUUGUCGAGCGACGCAGACGACAGAGGCAGCAGCGGCAUGGCCCUACCCUCGCCUCGCCCGUAAAUGAAGGCGGCAACGAGAAUAGGCCUCGAAGAUCCGCCAAUCCUACUGGCGAUCACAGGCCUGCGACCCCAUCGGACGAUUUAUCUGUCGAGCUGAACCAGUUUUCCGUGCAUCAGCAGACCGGGAGGAGCGAUGGGCAGACAUCUGGUGGUCUUCGGCUUAGGCCAACGGCGGCAGUCAUGGAGGAGUCCAAUCUCUUCAUUCCCUUUACGCCAAUAACACCGACUCGUGCGCUCUCCGACUCCUCCAUAUCCUCGUCCCCGCGCUCGCCGACCCACGAACCUCUACCGUCAGGCAGUCCCCCAACCGCAGAACUGCCGCCCCCAUAUCGCCCCUCAGCCGCAGCCGCUCCAUCACCAGAGCGCCCCGGAGCAUCGUCCACGAGCUCAACUUACGUAUACUCCCCACGGCGGCCCACCCCACUGUCUCCCUCUGCUGUAUCAGCGCGUGCCACGACGCCUAGCCUGGCUCAUCCUAAAUUGACGCACUCCUCUCCGUCCUCCCGCGCUUCAUCGCCGGACGUCCCUGCGAUGUACAACACCGCACUCAUGGGCUCCGGCAGUAUCGCGGUUGAGCGCACGCCAUUGGGCGACGUGCGUUCUUUCCCAACGUCGCGCAUACAGUCACCAUUCUCCGACAACUACUCGAUCGUGGCACGCAGCCCGACCUUCAGCGCGCGCUCGGACGCACCGUCGUCCGCACUGCACCUCGAGGAGGAGGAAUCCGAGCUUGAUAUGCUGUCGGACAUGGAUACGGACGAGGACGUGCUGUCGUUGCGGUCGGAAAUCUUCAGCCCGGAGCAGGUCGGGCGCCGCGUGCUAACGUCCGAUGUGGAAUUUUUAUAUGGGAGCGACACUGAGACGGAGAGCUGGGCGAGCACGGGCCGCCGCACGCCGGAGAUGUAG